AGGCCGGACGGCGGGAUGCGCAUCGUGGUGCCGCUGCAGGGGGUGGUGCAGGGCCGGGGCGGCCUCGUGCUCGGCUCCCUCAUCCCCUGCGCGCUCUUCUACUUCCUCCAGCUCUACAUCAAGCGCAACCGCCCGCCGCCCUCGCCAACCACGCCAGGAUCCCCCUCGGCGGAGGCCUCCUCCGCCGCGUCCAACCCCGCCGCCGCGGCCGUCUCCACGAUCCACCGCACCCUCUCGCGCGGCGUCCUCUCCCCGCGCGGCCUCCCGGCGCUCUCCGCCCGCGGCGCCGUCGCGCGGGCCGGGGACGACGACUCGCUCUACUACGCCGGCCUCCGCCGCUGCGCCGACGACCCCUACCACCCCGCCUCCAACCCCUCCGGCGUCAUCCAGCUCGGCCUCGCCGAGAACCACCUAUCGCUGGAUUUGGUGAGGCGGUGGAUGGAGGAGCACGCGGGGCCGGCGCUGACGCCGGGCGGAGACGACGAGGACAGGGACCUCACCAUCAGGGGGCUCGCCACGUACCAGCCCUACCACGGGAUACUUGCCUUGAAGAUGGCUCUUGCUGAAUUUAUGAGGAAAAUCAUGCAAGAGUCAGUAUCCUUUGAUCCAUCUCAAAUGGUGAUAACAUCUGGUGCGACUUCUGCAAUGGAAAUACUGAGCUUCUGUGUUGCUGAUCCAGGAAAUGCAUUUCUUGUUCCGUCACCAUACUACCCUGGGUGGGACAGGGACAUAAAAUGGCGAACUGGUAUUGAGUUGAUACCCGUCCCUUGCCGUAGCACCGACAACUUCAACAUCAGCAUCACUGCUCUAGAAAUAGCCUACAAUCAGGCAAAGAAGCGAGGAGUAAGGGUGCGUGGGGUUCUCAUAUCUAACCCUUCCAACCCUACUGGAAGCUUUGUGCCAAAGCAAACACUGCACGAUCUUCUACAGUUUGCUACAGAGAAGAACAUACACUUAAUUUCUGAUGAAGUGUUUGCUGGUUCAACAUUUGGAAGCGACGAAUUUGUCAGUGUGGCAGAGGUUGUGGACGAGCUACAAGACCUUGAUAGAGGUAGGGUUCACAUAAUCUAUGGAGUCUCAAAGGACCUAUCACUUGCAGGGUUUAGAGUUGGAGUUAUAUAUUCGUAUAAUGAAAGCAUUGUGGCGGCAGCUGCAAAGAUUGCUAGAUUCUCGUCUGUGUCAACUCCGACACAACGCCUUCUUGUUGCUAUGCUUUCGGACCAAAAGUUCAUUUCAAGUUACCUGAAAAUUAAUAGAGAGAGGUUGCAGAAGGCGUACCGUUUGCUUGUUGAUGCUUUGAAACAAGUGGGCAUUGAGUGCUUUAAGAGCAGUGGAGGAUUCUACUGUUGGGCAGACAUGAGCAAAUUCAUCCGAUCUUACAGCGAGAAAGGAGAGCGCAAACUUUGGGAUAGGCUGUUGGAGGAGGCAAAGCUCAAUGUUACCCCAGGUUCAUCUUGCCAUUGCAUUGAGCCUGGAUGGUUUAGGUGUUGUUUCACAACGUUGAGCGAGCAGGAUAUUCCUGUCGUGGUGGAAAGGCUCAGGAGGAUUACAGACGGACACAAAUUAAACCGCUGAAACGUCUAAAUAUCUCUUUUGGGGCUUGCAGGGUGUCAACAAAUAACUGCUUUGCCAGUUGUGCCUCACAGAAAAUGCAGGAGCAUACAGGAAAAAAUGCCAUAACCUGAUCUGUUUUGAUCAGAGGAAUUCUGUCUUGCAUUUACCAUGGGAGCGCGUUUGGAACUGACAGUUGGUUGAAGCAGUCGUAACAGUCUUUGAUCGGUGGAAUGAAGAAUGGGGAUCUCAGUAAACAUGUUCAUAUGGGUGGUCUUCUAUGUUUUCUCAGUCCGGUGAACGUGGCAACUCUUUGGAAGCUUAUUUUUGGUUGACUCUCAUCUGCCCCCCUCAUAGGCGCCUUAGGCAGUAAACUGCUGGCUGGUGAUAGGCUGAGUCAAAUCUUGUGUUUAUUCACCCAUUCACUCUUGUUCAUCCUGUCGAGUUUUCUUUUUUUCUUUUUGGUGAUUUUGUUCUUUAGUAACAUAAGUUAGUGCUGAGAAAUCGAGGUUCAUUUGUAAAGUAUACAACUUGUAACAAGUUUUUUGAGGCGCCGCAUUAUGUUGUCCUCAUCAGAAGUAUUUCUCUUCUGUGCUCA